ACUUUGUUCCGGCCGCCAGCCAACCGCAAUACGAUGGCGUCACCGCCGACGUCCCUCCCAGUCUCCAAUCCGCAAGCCACCACCACUACUCAAACAACAUCAAUAGCAACCCCCGCCCUCCGGUCCUUCAUCUCCCGUCUCUCCUCCUCCAUCCGCCAGUCCUUCUCCCAACGCCGCCCUUGGUACGAGCUCGUCGACCGCUCCGCCUUCUCUCGUCCGGUUUCCCUUUCCGACGCUACCUCACGCGUCCGCAAAAACUUCUCGUAUUUCCGAAUCAACUACUCAGCGCUACUAGCUGCUGUUCUCGCUUUUUCUCUCCUAUCUCAUCCUUUCUCUCUCAUCAUCCUUCUCUGCCUCCUCGGUGCCUGGCUUUUCCUGUACCUUUUCCGUCCAUCAGAUCAGCCACUCGUGAUGUUCGGGCGCACCUUCUCCGACCGCGAAACCCUACUGAUCUUGAUUGUAUUCACUAUCAUUGUUGUUUUCCUAACAAGCAUCGGGUCGCUCGUGAUCUCUGCACUUAUGGUUGGAUUAGCGAUUGUUUGCGUCCAUGGAGCGUUUAGAGACCCUGAAGACCUGUUUUUGGAUGAUCAGGAUCAGGCUACCGCCGGCUUGCUUUCCUUCCUCGGUGGAGCCACUUCAUCUGCUGCCGCCGCUGCUCCUCCAGCUAUGGCACGCGUUUGAUGAUCGAGAUGGACAUGGGUUUGAAUUCGAUGCGGUUUGAUGGAUAUGGAGGAUUCCCGUUGGAGGUGGUAAGAGUACCUAUGAUCGGUAAAAGCAGAACUGUUUUGUAGGUUGGUUUCUUUAAUUGAAUGCCAUGGACUCUGGAUUUUUACUGCUCAAGAUCCUGUUUAUAGGUGUCUAGGGGCAUUAAAUUUGGUUUUGGAUCGCUUGUUAAUUGUAGUUGGAAAGGAAAUGCUAUGAGAAUUAAGGUAUGUGGUAUGGAGGGUGCUUGACAUGCUAGUAACUCAA